AUGAACCCCAGCGCGCCCAGUUACCCGAUGGCCUCGCUGUAUGUGGGAGACCUGCACCAGGACGUGACUGAAGCCAUGCUCUACGAGAAGUUUAGCCCGGCCGGUGCCAUCCUCUCCAUCCGGGUGUGCAGGGACAUGAUCACGCGCAGGUCGCUCGGAUAUGCCUACGUCAACUUCCAGCAGCCCGCGGACGCUGAACGCGCUCUAGACACGAUGAACUUUGACGUGAUCAAGGGUAGACCUGUCCGCAUCAUGUGGUCUCAACGCGACCCCUCGCUGAGGAAGAGCGGCGUUGGAAACAUCUUCAUCAAGAACCUGGAUAAGUCUAUUGAUAAUAAAGCACUUUAUGACACCUUCUCUGCCUUUGGCAACAUCCUGUCCUGCAAGGUGGUUUGUGACGAGAAUGGCUCAAAGGGCUACGGUUUUGUGCACUUUGAGACGCAGGAGGCCGCCGAAAGAGCCAUUGAGAAAAUGAACGGCAUGUUGCUGAAUGACAGAAAAGUGUUUGUAGGGCGCUUCAAAUCUCGCAAGGAGAGGGAGGCUGAGCUCGGCGCAAGAGCCAAAGAAUUUACCAAUGUCUACAUCAAAAACUUCGGGGAAGAUAUGGAUGAUGACAAACUCAAGGACGUCUUCAGCAAAUAUGGUACGGCUAUGAGCAUCCGUGUCAUGACUGAUGAAAAUGGAAAGUCCAGAGGAUUUGGAUUCGUGAGUUUUGAGAGGCACGAAGACGCCCAAAGGGCUGUGGAUGAAAUGAACGGCAAAGAACUCAACGGGAAGCUCAUCUAUGUGGGUCGUGCUCAGAAGAAAGUGGAGCGGCAAACUGAGCUCAAGCGCAAAUUUGAACAGAUGAAGCAGGACCGCAUGACUCGCUACCAGGGUGUCAAUCUCUACGUGAAGAACUUGGACGAUGGCAUCGAUGAUGAGCAUCUUCGUAAAGAGUUCUCUCCCUUCGGUACAAUCACCAGUGCCAAGGUCAUGAUGGACGGCGGUCGCAGUAAAGGCUUCGGGUUUGUCUGUUUCUCUUCCCCUGAGGAAGCCACUAAAGCCGUGACUGAGAUGAACGGCCGUAUUGUGGCCACUAAGCCUCUGUAUGUGGCUCUUGCUCAGCGCAAAGAGGAACGGCAGGCCCAUCUCACCAACCAGUACAUGCAGAGGAUGGCCAGUGUCCGCGCAGUGCCAAACCCCGUGAUCAACCCCUACCAGCCUGCACCUCCAUCAGGAUACUUCAUGGCUGCCAUUCCACAGGCCCAGAACAGAGCUGCGUAUUACCCUGCCAGUCAGCUCACCCAGCUCAGACCCAGUCCCCGCUGGACCACACAGGGCGUCCGGCCUCAGCACUUCCAGAACAUGCCAGGCACGAUGCGCCCAUCUGCCCCCAGACCUCAGAGCUUCAGCACCAUGCGUCCUGCGUCUCAGGUCCCCCGGAUGAUGUCCACGCAGCGUGUUGCUGCUCAGACCAUGGGUCCACGGCCCACAGCGGCUGCGGCUGCGGCUUCUGCUCCUCCAGUGCGAGGCGUACCACAGUACAAAUACACCCCCAGUGUCCGCAGCCCCCAGCAGCACAUGAACACACAGCCUCAGGUGACCAUGCAGCAGCCUGCUGUGCAUGUGCAAGGACAGGAACCGCUGACGGCCUCCAUGCUCGCCGCUGCUCUGCCCCAGGAACAGAAGCAGAUGCUGGGUGAGCGUCUCUUUCCACUUAUCCAGAACAUGCAUCCCAGUCUGGCUGGCAAGAUCACCGGUAUGCUGCUGGAAAUCGACAACUCGGAGCUCCUCCACAUGCUGGAGUCUCCAGAGUCUCUGCGCUCCAAGGUCGAUGAGGCGGUGGCCGUACUCCAGGCUCACCAGGCUAAAGAAGCCGCUCAGAAGACCGUGACCAACUCUUCUGGCGUGCCGAGCGUCUAGGCCAAGGGGGACCCAACCAAUCUUCACAGAGAGGAAAAAAAUCUCUUUCGGUGGGGAUGCCAGUGGUUAUGUUUUAAGUUCCUGUUCUCAGACUAGACUGAAAUGGAAGAUUCGGUCUCGUAGCGCUCUGCUUUCACAGGCUGCAUGUGAUUACUGGGUAGAACAAGGGUCAGGAAUGUUGGAAUGGAGGAGGAAGACGCAUGCCAGAAAAGGAGUGGAAUUGCACAAAAAAGGAGAACAAAAACUGCAUGGCUGACAAACUAUUGUGAGCAAAGAUCUGAAAAGUUUCUUUUUUUAUUGGGGUGUUUAUAAAGAAAUGAGACGAGACGUUGGUACCGUUUUAAUAAGUGGAACCCUAUUGUUUUACAGUUCUGUUGUAAAGAAUAAAACGAGGACAUGAAGUAAUUGUGAUGGGACAGCAGAACAAUCCUGGUCGAACUUGAACCCACAUUUCUUUUGAGUGUUUGCGCACUCAUUUUUUCCUUCAUUAGUAGCACAUUUGAAGUUGUUACGAGUGUCAUGGGGAUUUUCCAAUAAGUAGGGAAACAGAAACAGUGUAAAGAGCAAUUGCUGAGCUCAAGUGUUUAUGUCCAAUAGGGCAUAGGGCGAGUAAGUGCACACUGUUUCUAAUUCCUCUCAAGUCUCCCCCAACAUUAAUUUCAGAAGUAUUUCAUUGAGAUGCAAGAAUAUGAAGAAUUGUUUACAUAGUUUAAAGGUGUAGGUAAUCAUCAGGUUGAAUAGAAAGAACAUAGACAUCCUACAAAAGUGCACUUCACCUUAUUUUGGUGAUCUUUUUUUUUCUCUCCUCCUCUAUGGUGUACUUGUGUAACAAUUAUCAAUAAGAUCCCAUUAGUUAACGCGUUACCUAACUUUGAUUUAGCCAAAAUCCUCCCAAAUGUUUUUCAAAACUAGCCCAAUUGUGUUUCGAGGGGGUCCCCCAAUAAAAAUUGCGUUCGAUAAAAUAGUUUUGGGCUGGGAUCUCCUGGUAAAAUGUGCAUUUUAGGGGCUAAAUAUCAGUUAUUAAGGUCGCUUCAACUCACGGAAACUGUGUUAAAGGUGCUGUAUGUAUGUUUUUGACUCUACUAAAGUAUAAAAAUACCAUAAUAUGUUUGCAGCUAUUUAAGAAACAUACUAAGCUAACAUCUUAGUUUAUCUGAAAAACAAUGCUACAGUCAGUUAUUCUGCUUUGAAAAUGUGCGUUCAGGGCCGGAAUGUCAAUCUUUGUUUUGGUUUGUGAAGCCCACCCGCUGUCAGUUUACCCAAUUGUAUCUCGGCACCCCAGGUUGUCAGUUUAUGCGAAACACGAUAUUUCAUUUCAGUCAUGGAAACUGGCAAAAUAAAAAGUGGCAACCUG